UCACAGAUCCCCGUCGCAGACCCGUCGCUCAUAUCACAAUGGCUGAGACGACAAACGAUACAGCUGCAGCUGCGGCUGUAGACCCUCAACCCCCGGUUGUCACUUUCAAAAAGCGUGGCGCAAAGGCCAGUCAGAACAUUCGCAAAAGACCAGCACCGCCUCCCGCAUCGCAAGACGACGAUUCUUCCGACUUUUCCUCCUCUGAAGACGAAUCUGGUCACAGGAUAAAGCGCAGAAAGAACAAGGGUGCUGGGGUUGUCUCUGCUUCAUCCGCCACAACCAAGCCUGUCGAUCGGGAACCUGCGACCACCGCCACCGGUGAUGGCAAAGUGCAGCUCGCGGAUACAAACGACGCCACCAAGCAUGUCGACUGGUUCGACGAGGAUUCUAAGGAGGCGCGUUCGUCUAAAACUCAAGCUACCUCGAGUGAGCCGCAGAUGCCAGAUGGCACAUAUAAGGGACUGGCGAACCAGACGUCAUUCAUUAAGAAGAAUCCGAAUGCGCCAAACAGAUCAUUUGGACCGAUCAAGGCGGCAACCAAUAUCCGUACUAUAACGGUGACAGAUUACUCACCGGAUGUGUGCAAGGAUUACAAGCAGACUGGGUUCUGUGGUUUCGGUGAUAACUGUAAAUUCCUUCACGAUCGAAGCGACUACAAACAAGGAUGGGAACUUGAUCGAGAAUGGGAGACCGUCACCAAGGGCAAACAAUUGAAGGGAACAGUGGUCGCGAGUGCCGACCGGACAACGACGGAGAACAAGGACGAUGAUGAAGAGGCUAUGCUGGAAGACAUUCCGUUUGCCUGUUUUAUCUGCAAGGGGCCAUACAGGGAGCCUAUCGUCACGAAAUGCGGUCAUUACUUCUGCGAGCAGUGUGCUCUGCAAAGGUACAGGAAGGAUCCAAGCUGUGCAGCCUGUGGAUCCGCCACGAAUGGAUUAUUUAGUACGGCUAAGAGAUUGAAGAAGCUGCUAGAGAGGAAGAGGGAACUUGCGGCGAAGAGGAGACAGGAGGCUAUUGAAGCUGGUGAAGAAGUGAGCGACGAGGAAGACGAGGAAUGAGAUGCAUGUACAUAGAUAUCAAAUGUUCCGGAUCUAGGGAAUGUUAGCAGGAC